AUGAGCGCCGCCGCCGCCCUGGACGGGCUGGACUCGCUGUCGUGCUACCGGAGCUGGUCGCUGGAGCCCGCCAACUUCUACGACGCCACGGUGGGCGCGGGCGGCGGCGGCGGCGGCUCGUGCAAGGCGGGCGGGCUGAGCGCCGUGGCGGGCGAGGAGUGCGGCGGCGGCGGCGUCGGGGGGGGGAUGCCCCCCGGGGCGGGCCGCGACCUGGCGGAGCUGAGCGCCGCCGCCGCCGCCUCGGCCAUGUACGAGGACGAGAGCGCCAUCGACUUCAGCUCCUACAUCGACUCCAUGGCGGCCGUGCCCAACCUGGAGCUGUGCAACGACGAGCUCUUCGCCGACCUCUUCAACAGCAACCACAAGGGGGGCGGCGAGCGCGGCGGCGGCAGCGGCGGCGCCUACGGGGACUACCUGCCCGCGCACCAGCAGCAGCAGCAGCCGUCGUCGGGGGGCGGCGCCCUGGCCGGGCUGCUGCUCGCCAGCGUCCCCCCGGGCCCGCUGCGCGGCGCCGUCAAGCAGGAGCCGUCGUGGGGCGACGAGGCGCCGGGGGGCGCGGCGCCCUCGCUGCUGCCCUCGCAGAUCGCCGCCUGCGCGCAGACGGUGGUGAGCCUGGGCGGGCAGCCCACGCCGCCCACCUCCCCGGAGCCGCCGGGCAGCGCCUCGCCGUCCAGCUGCAGCGGCCGCUCGACGGCCUCGUCGUCCUCGCGCUCGGGCGGCGGCAAGGAGCGGGCGGGCAAGAAGGGCGUGGACCGCUUCAGCCCCGAGUACCGGCAGCGGCGGGAGCGCAACAACAUCGCCGUGCGCAAGAGCCGCGACAAGGCCAAGCGCCGCAACCAGGAGAUGCAGCAGAAGCUGCUCGAGCUCUCCGCCGAGAACGAGCGGCUCCACAACAAGGUGGAGCAGCUCACGCGGGACCUGGGCGGCCUGCGGCACUUCUUCAAGCAGCUGCCCGGCGCCUCCUUCCUGCAGGCGCCCUCGGCCCCCGACGGCCGGUAA